UUCUGUCAGCCAUGUCCAAGGUUGUCAUGGCAACUCUCCUGUCCUGGGAUUUGUUUUCUGUGGUCAUCUUCCUGGAUCUAAUCUGCGCAGAAUCUAACAACAACAUUACAGCAAUUAUUCCUAAAAAUGAAACUGCUGCUCUGGGGGAAACUGUGACUUUGCAGUGUGAUGGACCGGCAAAUGCUGUCAUCUGGAAAAGGGAAACACUGUCGUUCACUACUUUUUCUCAUAGAUUCUGGAAGAAUGAAACUACUUUCAACAACCUAACAUCAGAAAGGAUGUCUAUUGACCCUGUUAAUCCGCUUUUGUUGAAGAUUCAUAAUGUUCAGCUAACUGACACAGGGAACUACAGCUGUAUUAUAACAGGGGAUCGGGGUUUACAGACAACUACGUGGAGUUUGACCAUCACUGAUCCUAAUGAUGAACAUAAAGGGACUGCUGGACACAGCCUACAGGAUUUACUCUAUAUAAUACCUCCUGCUAUAAUUGGAAGUGCUCUUUGCAUACUCGUCUGCUGUGUAAUCUGGUGGUAUAGCAGGAAACGACAACAGCACCGGAGUGAAGGUCUCCAGGAUACAGAGGUUGAGGACAGAAAUGCUCAAUCUAACAUCGCCUCUGGCAAAAGAGCCCAACGCAUGCGGAGACAGUACUUUGAAAGGCUUAACUCAAUAUAUGGGGAGUAAUAAGCACACAACAAAAGUGGUCAACAUCCCAGCUGGACAAUCUUGUUGGAAUGACGUCAUUCUGUCAAAUUUUCACCUGCCUUGGACAUUUCUACAUUACCUUUUUUACGAGUUGGUGCCACUGAUCAACACAAAUAAAGCUCAUACUGUCAAAGUGAAAAAUAAAAUAUACAAAUUGUUAUGAAUAUUUACAAAUGCAAAAUAUAAUUUUUUUGAUUGUCUAAGUAUGUACUCCCUAUAGUCAAAACUUUCUACCAUCCAUGCACAUCUGGAAACAAGAAUGUUGUUUCUUUGCAGAUUCAUUGUUGCAAAACUGCUGAA